AUGGGUUUCCUUUCUACUACCGCUCAACUGCCAUAUCUGAACUGCAUCAGAACGACUUUGACUGCAGCCAUCUGUCUAGAGAACUUUGGUUCGCAGAUCGUCGAGAGACAUAACAAGCCAGAGGUCGAGGUUAAGAACAGCAAGGAGUUGCUCUGCAACCCAAUCGUCAUUGCACGUAACAAGCAGGAGAAGGUUAUGAUCGAGACUUCGAUCAACUCUGUGCGUAUCAGCGUCAGCAUCAAGAAGUCGGAUGAGGUCGAGGUCAUCCUGGCAAAGAAGUUUGUCCGUUUCCUCGUGCAGAGAGCCGAGAACUUCAUCAUCCUCAGAAGGAAGCCAGUCGAGGGCUACGACAUCAGUUUCCUCGUGACCAACUUCCACACCGAGGCUAUGUUCAAGCACAAGCUCGUUGACUUUAUCAUUCAGUUCAUGGAGGACAUCGACAGAGAGGUCUCAGACCUCAAGAUCACCCUCAACUCGCGUGCGAGAAUCGUCGCCUCGGAGUACUUGAAGGAGUACGCCUAA